GCAGAAAUGUCAGGGGACCUUGAAGCCAAGAGCUGGGGCUACACACAUAUCAGUGUUGAGGAAUCCUGCUGCAAGUGGACAAUUAGCAACUUUUCACUUUGCAUGGAGGGAAUUAGGGAAAAGAUUACAAGCCCAGUGUUCUCAUUAGAGGCCAAUGAUGAAGUGGCAUGGUGUUUGAGAGUACACCCAAAUGGGACUGAUGAAGAAAGCAAACACUUCCUGUCAGUUUUCUUGGUGUUGCUCAGUUGUCCAAAGAGUCCAGUUUGGGCCAAGUUCCAGUUCUGGAUCACAAAUAACCAAAACAAAAAUCUAAAUAUGAGGGACUCUAAUGUUGUAAGCUUUCUGCAAAACCAAACCAGGGGAUUCAAAAAGUUCAUCCUCCGAGAACAUCUUCUCCACCAUUGGCUUCUCCCUGAAGACACGCUCACCCUCUGCUGCAAGGUGAACAUAGUAGGAGACUUCUUUAACAACCCUGAACAGACCAUGACACCUGCAAUCCAGGAUCCAAGGCAUGUGUUGACAGAUGACCUAAAGGAGCUGUCGGAGAAUUCCCUCUUCACAGACUGCUGCCUGUUGGUAGGUGGCUAUGAAUUCAGGGCUCACAAGGCCAUCCUAGCAGCUCGCUCUCCAGUUUUUAGAGCCAUGUUUGAACAUGAAAUGAAGGAGGGCCUAACGAACCGCGUUGAGAUUCAAGACCUGGAUCCCCAAGUCUUCAAGGAGAUGAUGGGCUUCAUGUACACUGGGAAGGUGCCACACUUCCAGAGCUACUGGAUGACCAUUGGUGUGCUGGCAGCUGCUGACAAAUAUGGCCUGGAGGACUUGAUGGCCAGGUGUGAGGAUUCCCUCCGCUGGAACCUCUCUCUGGAAAAUGUUGCACAUAUUCUCAUCAUGGCUGACCUCCACAGCAGAAAGUGCCUGAAGACUCAGGCCCUGGAUUUCAUUACACUUCAUCCUUCUGAGGUUUCUGAGACCUCAGGGUGGAAAUCAAUGGUAGAGUCACAUCCCCACUUGGUAGAUGAAGCAUUCCGCUACCUGAAUUCUGCACAGUGUCCUUUCUUGCAGCCAUCACUCAAACGCCUAAAGCAAUCUUAG